CCAUGUUUUGACUGGUAUUUCUUCGUUUCAACAACAACAACUGACUACACAUUGAAACCAAGGAUGACUAACAUGGAAAACCAAGGGGUCAGCUCAUUGCCGUUACCACCAAUGCAGUACAUCAAUAACUAUACAGAUGAGAAUAUCGCAAGUGGUACCACACCAAAGCCUCCUCUACCUAUAGAGAACUCAAAUUAUUGUAUGUUUGGUCAGUCAUACCAUACAGAUGAUCUUAUUGUUAGACCUUUAGAAAGUCAGGGAAUUAAAAGGUUGCAUUCCAAAGUAUUUGACCAUAAAAGAGAACUCAAGAAACUGAAUCACUCAAUUUUGGUGAAUUUUUUAGACUUGUUGGACAUUCUGAUCUCGACACCGGGAGCCGGAAAGCGAGAAGAAAAAAUCAACGACAUGAACUUAUUAUUCAUACACAUGCACCAUCUGGUUAACGAAUAUAGACCACAUCAAGCAAGGGAAACGUUACGAGUGAUGAUGGAAGUGCAGAAAAGGCAAAGGAUUGAGACUGCCGAAAGGUUUCAGAAAUGUCUAAAUAAGGUUGUGGAACUAUUGCACAGCUGUAUUAUCUCCCUGCCUGACGAUAUGGGGCAGUUGGAUUGCAAGAUUGCAGCAAAAGUUGAAGUGGAAGAAAGUCAACAGAAGCCAAGUGAAAAAAAAGAAAAGGACGUGGGAGAAACAUUCACAGAUAAAGACAAACUUAUGUGCAACUUAGUAGACUCGAUUUAAUCCCUCCUCCUUUCUCCUAUUCUUUUUUAUCUGAAAGAUGUAGUCUUAACGGAUGCCUAUAUCUGGGAGGUCCUUGUCUUUUAGGUUAUUGAUCAAUAUAAUUCAUGACAUCGUGACUCAUGGCAUGCAGCUGCUCAGUUGUAGAAUAGACAGUGCCGUCGUGUGGUUGUAUUCUCAGGGGCGGAGCUACAUUACAGAAUGUUCUAGGUUGCUUGGACACGCACCACUCCACACUCUACCAUGUAUUUAUAUUGGUUUCUAUGGCUGCUGUCGAAUGCCAGUCGAAAGCCAGUGAAAACAGCUAAAGUCGAGAAAACAACACAAACUCAACUAUGAGAAAAUCUUGAAUAAUCAAAUUUAUAUACGAUAUGUUGUACAUGUAGAGGUAUUCUUGUUACACUGUUCAGAAUACAGUUUUCUGAGAGUUUUCGAUCAUUGUUUUCACAAGUAUUGAUUGCCAGGUGGUGAGAAUAGGAGAUGUACUACUCAUUCAUUACAAAGGCAUUAUUGGUACAGAGCAAUGUAUUUUUACAAAGCUACUGUGUUAGUAAAAAGCAAUGUAUUUUUUUUACAAAGCUUCAAUCUAAGUAAAAAACAUUUGUUUUGCAAGGAAACACAAGUUUAUGGCUGGAUAACCGUGCUGUUGUGAGAUUGUACACAACACUCAUUACGAAGUCGCAUUUUUGGUACAAACCAAUACAUGUAUUUGUUGUUAGGGAAUACAUGAUUUUGUAGCUGCAUGAUUCCAGAAACAUCACUGCAAUAUUUAACCAUUUGAGUGCCAAUAUCAACAUUGCCAAAAUGCACACAAUUUCAUUUUUUCCAUUUUUAAACUUUUCUCAAGACCUGAAUACAAUGUAAAAUAAUUUGAUACCAAAUUAACAAAAGAAAUACAUUAAAAAGUGUGCUUGAAUUGUAGCAAGAAUAAAUAAUGUGGUCAAAAGGAAGAAAGAAAGCCCUGUCCAAUAGUGUAAUUCUACUACUGUCUUUGCUUUAAGGCACACAUACACCAUUAUUUUAUGUUGGAUCAUUAAAAUAAUUUUU